AUGACUGAAAAGGAAGAUAUCGGUAAUUUAUCCAACAUUAGCGGAAACAAUAAUAAAGAUGACAGUAUAAUGUCAAUCCCCAAUGAAGAAGCGCACUCGGAUGAAAUUCAUAGAUUUUGGUUUAAGGAUAUAUUUUUGAAAAUAUACCAUCAUUUCAUUCUACUAAUUUAUUAUAAACUUACAAAGAUCUUUAAUAAAUUAAUUGGAGUAUGUUCUCUCAAAAUUAAGCAGAGGAGAAGCAUCAAGAAAAAUAUUUUUCUGACUACCAUUGUUCUAGUAAUCAUUAUAGUACUGCAUACAGGACAUCAGAACUAUUCUGCAUUACCACCUGGUCCUGCCAAUUUUAAUCACAAUAAACAUAUCAGGCCUCUAACUUUUAUUGAUUCAAAAAAGGAUUAUUUAAAUUUUAGGUUGCCUAGGAAACAUUGGUUUACCAAAAAUUCUAGAAGAAAAAAUAUUGCUAAUACACCAGUUACUUCUAAAAUGGUUGCUGAAUAUAAAUUUCAAAAUUAUAAACCACAUGCCUACGUUUCUAACUUAAAUAUAGAUUACAGCCAAUCGGAAUCUGCAAAUAAUGAUAGGGAGCACUUUUGUUCUAAACUGGAAUAUAAAUCACAGUUCCAAUAUAGCAUGGAUUCAAUCCAUUAUAUAGAUAACAAUAUAGAGGACCUAAUCGAAAUACGUCAAGAAUUAUUGGACCACUGGCCCAAAUACCGUGAUUUUAUACAAGAUUCACAAGAUACCGAAAGGCACAUGACACCGCUGGAAAUAGCGAAGAGAAAUUGGUUUAAAUUCGGUACCUCUGCCGUUUGGUGGGAAGAACAAAAGUGCUAUUUUGCUGUCACAAGGGUUAUGUGGAGUAGAGAAGGAAGACAACAUAGACCAAGGAUAAGUUUGGGUAGACUACAAUUGUUUGACAAGGAUUGGAAUGAAAUCAAAGGUAGGAGAAUAUAUUUUAAAGAUAUUAUUCAUGAUAGGGAGGCAAUUGCAGAAACUAUCAGAAGAAUCAAACACAACGUUGGCAUUAAAGAUUGUACUAGGUUACAAGCAGGUAGUCAGGAAUACCACAGUUGUGUUGAUAAAAAUACAAAGUUAAAACUAACAGCUGAUAUUAAAGAGAAACAGUUUCUAGACAAAUUUAGUUUGGAGUUCCCAACAUUCAUGGAUAUUGAAUUAGGCAAUAAGGAUGGUUAUUACACUGGUAGUGAAGAUCCACGUGUCAUAUUAAAGGAGAACAUGUUUGAUAAAAACAAACAAGAGCCCUUUAUCCAUUUCAACAUGGAAUAUAAAGACAUUGUUAGGAAGGGUAGAGAGGAAGAAACAAAACAAAGAAGAUAUAUGUGUGGUUAUUUCCCUCUGAGAAAAAAUGAGCGCCAAAUAAAAUUUACCAUUAAUAAAAAAGAACCAAAUAGAAUGGAGAAAAACUGGACUCCUUUCUUUCAUAUGGAAGACUAUUCAAACAAUGAAAUAAUAGACACGCAUUAUCAUAGAGGCUAUAUCCAUUUCAUUUACUCUUUUAAACCUUUGGAAAUUUUGAAAUGCUCUUUAGACGAUGGGCGUUGUGAAAUUGUGUUUGAUGACAAUAUGGUCAAUCAUGUAGACGGUGAAGAUCCCAUUAAUUAUAAAGCCAUAAGAGGUGGUUCUCAGUAUGUUCCAUUACCUUCAGAACUACCUGAAUUGAAGGGCAAAAAAAUCUGGGUUGGUUUCCCUAAAUUGCAUUUGGAGAAGUGCGGAUGCGGCAGACAUUAUUAUAGACCGAUGUUAAGUGUUUUACUUUUCAAUAAAAUUGAUAACAGUUAUCAUGAAGAGCUCGUUUCUCCUAUAGUUGAUUUUGAUUUGCCAGUUCUAAGCUGGGACAGGAAAGAUGUUUAUUGCGAUGAUGUCAGUGUUAGUAGUGCAAAUUCGAUUGCAUUUUGGGAAAUUGUUGAUCAAAAUGGUAAAACGGGAGAAUAUGAGGAUUAUUUGAUGCUUGUUACUAGUGAAGCUGAUUAUGUGUCCAAGUCGAUUAUUUUGAAAGGUAUCUUGGAUUACGUUUUGGGUGUAUAUAAACAAAAAGAUAUCAAAGAAGUAUUUGAUAUAUCUGAUAAAAACGCUAGAGGUAUUAUUAAGAAAAGCUUAUAUUGUAUCCAAGACUAUGGUGCUAAAAGUUGUAGGGAGUACAAUGAUAAACAUCCAUUUAAUAAAGAUGAUUGA